AUGUAUAAUAGAAAAUUAGAAAGUCGGGAACAGAGUGGUCCACGAAUCAAUGAUUACCAGGUACUAGAGGAAAUUGGACGAGGUUCGUUCGGGUCUGUCCGAAAAGUGGUGCAUUUACCCUCGAACAAAGUUCUUGUUCGCAAAGAAAUUCAGUAUGGACAUAUGAACUCGAAAGAGCGUCAACAGCUAAUUACCGAAUGUGCUAUUUUGAGCCAAUUGAAGCAUGAAAACAUUGUGGAGUUCUACGAAUGGGACUCAGACAAAAAUGUACUAUAUUUCUACAUGGAGUAUUGUAGUAAUGGUGACCUCUCUCAAAUGAUCAGCAACUUCAAAAAGGAGCGCAAGUACAUCCCUGAGAAGUUGGUGUGGAGAAUCAUGGUGCAAAUUCUCACUGCUUUAUAUCGUUGUCACUACGGAACUGAUCUAGUUCCUUUAGAAUCCAUCUACGAUAAAGUGAGACCCCCCGUAAAGGGGUCCAACGCUGUCAUUCACAGAGACUUGAAGCCCGGAAACAUCUUUUUAAGCACAGAAAAGGUCCCGGAUCCCUCAACAGCCUCGCAAACGCUAGAUUAUAACAAAGCGUUUGUAAAACUUGGAGACUUUGGCCUUGCCAAAUCCCUCGGAUCUAGCGUAGAAUUCGCAACUACCUAUGUUGGUACACCAUACUAUAUGUCACCCGAAGUCUUGAUGGAUCAGCCGUACUCACCACUGAGCGACAUCUGGUCUUUGGGGUGUGUGGUAUACGAAAUGUGUACCUUACGUCCGCCCUUUCAGGCGAAAACGUAUUCAGAUCUGCAGAGGCGAAUAAGAGCGGGAAGCUUUGAACGAAUACCCGAGUACUACUCUAAAGAGCUCCAACAGGUGAUCGAUUCUUGUAUCAACCCAGAUUUGCAGUCGCGCGCAUCUUCAUAUUCUCUGCUGCAAAACAUCCAACUUCGAAUUGCGCGCAAGUCGCUGCAACUAGAGAGAUUCGAAGACACAUUGCUAGAUUAUGAGAAGGAGCUCAUGAAUAUAGGUGACAUCUUAGAGCGACAAGCUGGAGAAUAUGAAGCCGAAAUGGCGGUGAUAAAAAAUCAAUACCGCAAAGAAUUCGACCAUGCUGUUGAGCAGCGAGUUAGGGAGAUUUUGAAUGGCAAGAAAGUUAGCGGCGUACCAGAUAUUAUGGUAGGUAAGAACCAACUCCAUAGACCAGAUUACCACUGGCGGGUAAAGGGUUGA